AUGCCUAUCGAAAAGCCGGCGUCCACCGACUUCAAGACAGCCAGGUACUCCCCAUCAAUUGGCGGGUGGAUUACAUUAGGAGAAUUAGCCGAGUUAGAAGAUGGGUUUGAGAUGUUGCAAAUAGUUGCGACAGUACUGUGCCUUAACUCCCCGGAGGGUAAAGCUGCAAACCAUCAAGCCAGAUCUCUUCGAGAAAGUCUUGGAAUGAUACAGAAGAAUAAAUCUGCAUUUGAGUUUAUCAUUCGAAUGUUUCUUCCAUACCGCGGAGGAACAGUGUCCACCGAGACGGAUACCGAGAGAAGCGUUGAUGCGAUCUUAAUGCGAUUCUUUGAUAUCGAUUCGAAGCCAUCCUUCUUCUGCCAUUCUGUUCAUCCUAUCGUUGGGUUUGGGAGUACAACCCCUUGGGCAGACUUGCUCACGUCGGUGCCUUGGAACCAAUCGAUGGGGGCUCCAGUUGGGAUAUUUAUUGGGGAAGCUAAACGUCCCGAAACCAAGGCCCCCACUCAUGCAGUAGUCCAAGCGACACCUACAUCAUCUAACCUGUCGGUGCCGGACAAAAAAUCUGCCACCCAGCCCAACUUUGCGCAGGCUCUCAACCAAACAUUCCUCGCAUCACUACCUAAUGUUAUGUUCCCAUCGUGGUCAGCGCAUGCUGCCAAGGCCCCCAAUACCUCAUCCUCUUCGAUCAAAGUUCGUCGAGUUGUGAUGGAUAUGGUCCUCAAACAUAACGAUGAACUAUUCGAGGAACUAUCGGCUGCCUCAUUCCAUGGGAUCGUAGGAGAAGCCUUUAGAGUUUGGAGGGAAGACGUUAAUGAUGAGGAGUCAUGGCUGAAAAAUUUAGGUCUCCACCCCGAGUAUGACGAAAUUCUCAAACACAAGGACAUUGUCGAAAUACGAGAGGACUACCAUGCGAGAAAAGCAGAAAAGGGGAAGAGAGAAGAAAGACAAGGGUGA